AUGGCUAGCACUCUAAGUCCUAGCUCUAUGGCCCCGACUGAGGAGCCUCCUGUACUGUCACAGCGCAUUCAAAAUGCUGCUGACAUCUCCGUCAUUGUCAUCUACUUCCUAGUCGUGCUAGCUGUGGGGCUGUGGGCAAUCGUGAAAAGCAACAGAGGCACUGUUGGGGGCUUCUUCCUGGCUGGUCGAGAUGUGACCUGGUGGCCGAUGGGAGCCUCUCUCUUUGCCAGUACCAUUGGCAGUACCCACUUUGUGGGCUUGGCUGGGACAGGAGCAGCUUCAGGAAUCGUUGUUGUAGCAACAGAAUGGAAUAGUGUGUUUAUGGUGCUACUUCUUGGAUGGAUUUUUGUUCCCAUCUACAUCAAGGCAGGGGUGAUGACCAUGCCAGAAUAUCUCAGGAAGCGGUUUGGUGGGAAGAGACUCCAGAUCUAUUUCUCCAUCCUCUCCCUCUUCCUCAUGUUGGCCAUCAAAAUCUCUUCAAACAUAUUUUCCGGAGCCAUAUUCAUUCAAUUGGCCUUAGGAUUAGAUAUUUACCUGGCAAUCUUCAUCCUCUUGGCUAUCACUGCAGUUUACACAGUUACCGGGGGCCUGGCCUCAGUGAUCUACACAGAUUCUAUCCAGACUUUUAUCAUGUUGGUUGGCUCUUUCAUUCUCAUGGGGUUUGCGUUUGCUGAAGUCGGUGGUUAUGAGAGCUUCACAGAGAAGUACAUGAACGCCAUUCCCUCUGUGGUCGAGGGGGACAACCUGACCAUCAGCUCCAAAUGCUACACUCCUCAGCCGGACGCCUUCCACAUCUUCCGGGAUCCCAUCACUGGCGAGAUCCCAUGGCCAGGACUGAUAUUCGGAGUGACCAUUCUAGCUAUAUGGUACUGGUGUGCAGAUCAGGUCACCGUACAGCGCUGCUUGUGUGGCAAGAACAUGUCUCACGUGAAGGCGGCCUGCAUUGUGUGUGGCUACCUGAAGCUGCUGCCCAUGUUCCUCAUGGUGAUACCAGGGAUGAUCAGCCGCAUUCUGUACACAGGCAAGCCAUGGACACAUGAAUCCUCUUCUCUAUGCUGA